AUGAUACCUGAUGCAGAAGGUAUCAGCUAUUUUUCAUUCAUCAUGGUGUUGAUUGUUUUGACGGGAGUAACGACUAGCUUCUAUCAAAGUUCGGUCUUUAGUGAAGCCAGUAGAUUACCACCAGUUUAUAUGCAAGCUGUAUUAAGUGGGCAAGGCGUUGCUGGUGUCAUCGUGGCUCUUUCAUCGAUUUUAAGCGCAUUGGCUGGAAAAUCGACAGUGGAAAUCGAUAUGGACAAAGACUCUAUCAAUCGCUCUGCCUUUCUUUAUUUCUUAUCCGCCUUUCUUAUUACCUUGGCCGCAUUGAUAGGACGUUUGAUAGUCAUCCGAUUGCCAUUUUAUCAGUACCAUAUGAAUGCCUCGAAGCCUGAAAACAGCCUGUCCAUCACCGAAGAAGCAGAAGUGGAAGCAGAAGAUGGAGCAGAAGAGGCCCAGCCUCUCCUCCUUCAUGAAGAAAACAGUGCUCGUCUGUGGGCCGUGGUCUGUAAAUUGAGCCUUUUCAUUUUUACAGUAGGUUUCAUCUUUAUCAUCACACUGAUGUUGUUCCCCUCCGUGACCUCAUUGAUCAAAUCCGUUCGAAGAAGAGAGGAGAGCCAUACUGGCGGACGCUUCUUUGACGACGAUAUAUUUGUUGCUUUCCAUUUCUUGCUUUUUAACAUUGGCGAUUGGGUAGGACGUAUGAUGCCCUUAUGCAAAUGGUUCACCAUCACCCAAAUACAUUGGUUAGCCGUUCUAUCUGCCUUACGUACCGUCUUUAUACCCUUGUUUUUGAUCUGCAAUAUCGUGGUGACAGGACAGCGGAAAUGGCCCGUGCUUAUUCAGAGCGACUUUGCUUAUUUCGUCCUCAUGUGGUUAUUCUCUGUUACCAAUGGCUGGAUUUGUAGUCUCGCCAUGAUGGCGGCGCCCCACCUAAAGUCGAUACAGACGGCAAAGGAAAAGUCCAUGGUGGGAAGUAUCAUGAGUUUCUCAUUGGUCGUGGGGCUGGCCAUUGGCGGAUCGCUCAGUUUCGCUGUCAGAUCUUGGGUGUAG